GGGCGGGGCCUGGAGCGCGUCUACGUCACAACCAGGAAGCGAGGCGCCGGCGUGAGAACCCGGAGCAGCAGCAGCAGCAAUGAGUGAGACCGCGAGCCGCAAAGUGGCAAUAGUUACCGGCAUCACUGGCCAGGAUGGAUCGUAUUUGGCUGAGUUUCUCUUGCAAAAGGGCUAUGAGGUGCAUGGUAUUGUACGUCGAUCCAGUUCUUUCAACACUGGGCGUAUCGAGCAUUUAUACAAGAAUCCACAUACACACACAGAAGGAAAUAUGAAACUGCACUACGGAGACCUUACUGACAGUAUGUGCCUGGUGAAAAUCAUCAAUGCAGUGAAGCCAACUGAAAUCUACAACCUGGGUGCGCAGAGUCAUGUAAAAAUCUCCUUUGACCUGGCGGAGUAUACUGCAGAUGUUGAUGGUGUUGGCACCCUGAGACUUCUGGACGCAGUUAAAACAUGUGGCCUUGUAAAUACUGUGAAAUUCUACCAAGCAUCCACCAGUGAACUAUUUGGCAAAGUGCAGGAAAUCCCGCAGACGGAGACGACCCCGUUCUAUCCUCGAUCACCAUAUGGAGCAGCCAAGCUUUAUGCCUACUGGAUCGUGGUGAACUUCAGAGAGGCGUACAAUCUUUUCGCUGUCAAUGGCAUUCUGUUUAAUCAUGAAAGCCCAAGAAGAGGGGCUAAUUUCGUAACUCGGAAAAUUAGUCGGUCGGUGGCUAAGAUUCACCUCAGACAGCUGGAUUGUUUUAGUUUGGGCAAUCUGGAUGCCAAGAGAGAUUGGGGUCAUGCCAAGGACUACAUUGAGGCGAUGUGGUUGAUGGUUCAACAGGAUAAACCAGAGGAUUUCAUUAUCGCUACAGGAGAGGUGCACAGUGUCCGCGAGUUUGUGGAAAAGGCCUUCAAGCACAUUGGAAAAAGCAUUGUGUGGGAAGGAAAGGAUGAAAAUGAAGUUGGAAUGUGCAAAGAAACUGGAACAAUCCAUAUCAAGGUUGAUCCCAAGUACUACAGACCUACUGAAGUGGAUUUUCUCCAAGGAGACAGCACCAAAGCUCUGCAGAAGCUGGGAUGGAAACCAAAAGUUACAUUUGACGAGCUGGUGGAGGAGAUGGUGGGCGCUGACAUUGAGCUCAUGAAGACCAAUCCAAACGCCUGAGUUUCAGGUCCCGACACAGUUCGGGACCACGAAGGCCACGAGGGACCCGAAUGUGUGCUCUUUAACUCUUAACGUUCCCGAAACGCUGGAUGCAAUGGGGUGGUGGUAGAAUUGCAAUUCAAGCUCAGCUCAAAUGAAGAAUAUAAAUGGUUUGAGCAAUCUGCAAUUGAACGAAUCGGAAUGGGCUGAUUUUAUUUUCGUGUGACUGUGAGUUUGAACCUUCGUAUGGGAUAAUAUAACACGAAUCAUGUUAAAAGGAUUGGAUUAUUCUUUUCCUUCAGUCUGCUUUUAAUUGGGACCUCUGAUUGUGUGAUGUGGGUGGAUGCAUUUUAAUGGAGAUUGUGGGAAGGCGACACGUUUGUAUGCGUUCCUGUGUGUGUGUAAAAUUUUUUUUUAUUUUGAAAUGCACGUUGAAGGAAAUAUUCUCUACGGGUCGGGGUUUUUUUUAAAAAAUCUGUUUGCAUUACAAGCUGUGCAACAUCUUUCCGUUCUUUGGCCUCUUGAUGAGUAAUAAAUUUUCAGAAAUUGC